AUGGCUAAAUCAUUAAGAUCCAAAUCUAAAUUACAAGCUAAAUCAGUCAAGAGAAAAGGUGAAUUUUCUAAAUAUGUUGAUGAAAGAAAUAAAAGAAUUGCUAAUAAAUUAGCUGAAGAAACUAAAAAACAAAAUGAACUUAAAAAACAAAAUAAUAAUAAUAACGAAGAAGAAGAUAAAUCUAUGGAUGUUGAUAAGAAAAAAGUGAGUACUUCUGGUUGGAGAGAUUCAAGAUCACAAGUAUAUAAACAAAGACAACUUAAGAAUAAGAAAAGAAAGACACUUAAAUUUUAA